AUGAUCUCCAAUCGUUCUAGUAUUCGAUGGAUGUUGUUGCUUUCUGUCUUUGUGAGUUCUUUCAUGGGAUCUUUUGCUGGUACUUUUUAUGACCAUUUUGACAUAACAUGGGGUGAUCAUCGUGCUAAGAUACUCGACGAAGGUAACCUUCUCACACUUACUCUGGACCAGGUAUCUGGCUCCGGCUUUCAAUCCAAAAGAGAAUACCUAUUUGGAAGGAUGGACAUGCAGCUCAAGCUCGUCUCCGGCAACUCUGCUGGCACUGUCACGGCUUACUAUUUAUCUUCAGAAGGGCCAAACCAUGACGAGAUUGAUUUUGAAUUCUUGGGGAACCUGAGUGGAGAGCCGUAUAUCGUUCAUACCAAUGUGUACACGCAAGGGAAAGGGAACAGAGAGCAACAGUUCUACCUCUGGUUCGACCCAACAAAAGAUUUUCACACCUAUUCCAUUGUAUGGAAUCCGCAACGUAUCAUUUUCUUAGUAGAUGACAUCCCCAUAAGAGUAUUCAACAACGAAGAAUCCAUCGGUGUUCCCUUCCCAAAGAGACAGCCCAUGAAGCUAUACUCGAGCCUCUGGAAUGCAGAACAAUGGGCAACCAGAGGUGGGCUCGUGAAAACUGAUUGGUCUAAGGCUCCUUUCACUGCCUGCUAUCGCCACUUCAAUGCCGAGGCCUGCUUCUGGUCCCAAGGUAAUUCCUCGUCUUGUGCUUCCGAUUCCGUCUCAAACAGUGGUUGGCAAACGCUAGGGCUCGAUGCGAGUGGGCGAAGAAGACUCAGAUGGGUGCAAAAAUACUACAUGAUUUACAACUAUUGUACCAACUUCAAGCGAUUUCCUCAGGGUUUCCCACGAGAGUGUCGUCGGCACGUUUAUUAG